AUGGCCAAGGCUAAAAAGGGAAAAAAGGAAGAUCAGAGAGGUGGAGAUAACAGUAAUUCAGAGGCGGUUGUCAAGCACCAGAAGCUCUGUCUAUCCAUCGACAUGGAAAACCGUCGUAUCUAUGGGUAUACUGAACUACGUAUAGUUAUACCGGACAAUGGAAUUGUGGGCUUGCAUGCGGAUAAUUUGGCAAUUGAGAAGGUUACCGUUGACGGGGACCCAGCAGAAUUUGAAGUCUUCCCUCAUUAUCAGUAUCUGGACCCAAAGGAUAGGUGGUGUGUCGUUUCCUCAGCCACUUCAGCUGCUGAUGCUUCCGGGUCUGUGUACUUGUCAUCCCUUGAGAUUGAAUUGCUGCCGAAUUUGCUAAUAAUGUGUAGCAAGACCAGUAAAACAGACAACAAGCAAGAAGAAAGCAUGCAGAUGGAUGAUGGGGAACAAUCAUCUGCUGAUGUUAGCAGGUUUUUAAAUGUACAGAACGUGAAACAUGUACGCAUUGAGUAUUGGGUAGAGAAGGCAGAAACAGGAAUUCAUUUUAGUGACAAUGUCUUGCAUACGGAUAACCAGUUGAGGCGUGCACGGUGCUGGUUUCCUUGCCUGGAUGACAAUUCACAGUGUUGCUGCUAUGACCUGGAAUUUACUGUGGCCAGUAACUUUGUGGCAGUUAGCUCUGGAACUUUACUUCAUCAGCAGGUUUUGACCAAGGAUGACCCCCCACGGAAGACAUAUGUUUACAAAUUAGAUGUUCCUGUUGCUGCUCACUGGAUAGCUCUGGCAGUUGCUCCAUUUGAAAUACUUCCGGAUCGACAUGGUGGUCUGGUGUCACACUUCUGUCUACCGCCUAACCUGUCAAAGUUGCGAAAUACAAUGGUGUUUUUUCAUAAUGCUUUCAGCCACUAUGAGGAUUACCUCUCUUCCUCGUUUCCAUUUGGAUCAUACAUGCAAGUUUUUAUCGCUCCUGAGAUGACAUUAUCCUCCUGGAGUUUGGGAUCUUCUAUAAGCAUUUUCAGCUCUCACCUGCUGUUUGAUGAGAAGAUCAUUGAUCAGAAUAUAGAGACAAGAAUUCGACUUGCUUAUGCCCUUGCCAGACAAUGGUUUGGAGUAUACAUCACUCCUGAAGCUUCAAGUGAUGAGUGGUUGUUGGAUGGUCUUGCUGGGUUUCUUACUGAUUCUUAUAUCAAGAGGUUCCUGGGAAACAAUGAAGCACGUUAUAGACGAUAUAAGUCUAACUGCGCUGUUUGCCAAGCAGAUGAUAGUGGUGCCACAGCCUUGAGCUCUGAACUUGCCUGUAAAGAUUUGUAUGGAACCCAAUGUAUUGGGUUUUAUGGAAAAAUAAGAUCAUGGAAAUCUAUUGCUGUCCUUCAAAUGUUGGAAAAGCAGAUGGGUCCCGAGUCCUUCCGUAAGAUUCUACAAAAUAUUGUUCUGAGGGCUCGGGAUCCAAACCGUUCCUUGAGAACUCUAAGCACCAAAGAGUUCCGACACUUUGCUAAUAAAAUUGGGAAUCUCGAGCGCCCAUUUCUAAAGGAGUUUUUUCCUCGCUGGGUUGGAUCUUGUGGCUGUCCAGUUUUGAAGAUGGGAUUCUCCUAUAACAAAAGGAAAAAUAUGGUAGAAUUAGCUGCAUUGCGGGGAUGCACGUCUAGACCUGAUUCCUGGGUCGGUGUUGAUAAUAUCAAUCCCGAUUCUGAAAGCCCAGAAGGUGGUGUUGGCUGGCCUGGAAUGAUGAGUAUAAGAGUCCAUGAGCUUGAUGGUAUGUAUGAUCAUCCAAUUCUACCAAUGGCUGGUGAACCAUGGCAACUUCUAGAAAUUCAGUGCCAUUCCAAACUUGCUGCAAAGCGCUUCCAAAAACCAAAGAAGGGCUUGAAGAAUGAUGGCUCUGAUGAUAACGGUGAUGCUGUGGUCACAACGGAUGUUCGAGUAAACUCUGAAUCUCCCCUACUGUGGCUCCGAGCGGACCCUGAAAUGGAAUAUCUUGCUGAAGUACAUUUUAAUCAACCUGUUCAAAUGUGGAUCAAUCAAUUGGAGAGGGACAAAGAUGUUGUUGCUCAGGCGCAAGCCAUAACAGUAUUAGAAGCACUGCCACAGCAUUCAUUUUCUGUUGUUAAUGCUCUGAUUAACUUUCUCAGUGAUUCCAAGGCUUUCUGGAGAGUCCGUAUUCAGGCUGCAUAUGCUCUGGCCACUACCACGUCCGAGGACACCGAUUGGACUGGCUUAUUUCAUCUGAUCAACUUCUAUAAGAGUCGGAGAUUUGACCCAAACAUUGGUCUUCCCAGGCCAAAUGAUUUUCAUGAUUUCCAGGAGUACUUUGUACUUGAGGCAAUCCCACAUGCUGUGUCUAUGGUUAGAUCUUCGGAUAAGAAAAGCCCUAGAGAAGGUGUUGAAUUUAUAUUACAACUCUUGAAGUACAAUGAUAACAGUGGGAAUGCAUAUUCGGAUGUUUUCUGGGUAGCUGCAUUGGUCCAGUCAGUUGGUGAACUUGAAUUUGGACAGCAGAGCAUCACCUACUUACCAUCCCUUCUGAAACGACUUGAUCGUCUUUUGCAAUUCGACAGGUUAAUGCCAAGCCACAAUGGAAUUUUGACAAUCAGUUGCAUCCAGUCACUGACACAAAUGGCACUCAAACUAUCAGAGUUCAUUCCUCUCGAUCGUGUCAUUGUGCUUAUCAAACCAUAUCGAACGUCAAAGACGUGGCGAAUCCGAGUUGCUGCAAGCAGAGCUCUUCUUGAACUCGAGUUUCAGCGCAAAGGAACUGAUGCAGGACUCACAUUAUUCAUCAGAUACCUUAACGAGGAGGCCUCUCUACGAGGACAAACCAAAUUGGGUGUCUGUGCCUUGCGAUUGUUGCAGAUGUCUAAUCGAUCAGAUUGUGACAGUGAAGUUAUAAGCGACACUCUUGUAACUCUCUUGCGCUUGCUCGAGAGCCCACUGGCGUUUAACAAUGUCACCCUUCGGCACUACAUUUUCUGCAUCUUGCAAGUUCUUGCUAGAAGGUCUCCAACUCUUUAUGGGGUCCCAAGAGACGAGACUUUGAGGAUGGGGCACUUGAAAACGUGCAGCGAACUCAAAAACAUUUUUGCUGCUCUCAUCAACCAAUCCAAGGCUCCAGCCGAGCCUUCUUGUCCACCCGAUCUUCCUGACAACCUCUUGGUUCCUGAAAAUUACUCGGAAAUGAAUGCUAAUCUCGAAAAUCAUGAUUUGACUUAUGCAGUGACGACAAUUUCUGCUCCAAACAUGUCAGUAGUUCCGCCCGAUCAACACCCAGCAGAUGACGUGCCACUAAUUAUGCACGCUCAACAACCAUCACAUGCUUCUCCUGAAGAGGCCCCUGUACAAAAUAACCCAGUCAUAUACUCUACUGAAGAAAUCCAAAAUAUCACGCCCGAUUUGUGCAUUCCCCCCGAGAAUCGACAGCUAGUCAACCAAAUCACAGACUCCUUCCAAGAUGCUAGCAUAGACCCCCAUCCUCCCCCAAAAGCAGAUGACCCUCUAUUACCGCUUCAUCAAGAAAUCGGACCAGUCUUUUCCGACCAUGCCCCCAAAAGUUUGGCCACUGAGAAACCAGCUAACGAACCUGACUCCGUAUCCAACAGCCGCGAAAUAAAGAAGCCGAAGCUCAAAAUAAUAAGGGUCAAACAGUCCGUCCCAACAGCUCGCCCCCCUGAGGGCCCCGAAAGCUCCAGAGCCGUGAACGCCCAGAGUGGUGGGCCCCUUGAGGCUGAUCUCGGGGCUAGCAGUUCAGUCUCCGUUGAUGCUCCACAUAAUACUAACAUUAACAACAAUAACCAAAAUUUAGAGGAUGUUAACUCGUGCCAGGAUGUUGGUUCAAGAGUUACCGCCAGCAUAGGCAGCGCUAAGCCAGCGGCCGAUGGCGAAGAGCUCGUGCGGGAACUCCAAUGCACUGCGGACUCGAGCAAAGUCGAUCCGUGCCCACAGACGAGUGCAUAUGAUGCCGGAGGCGGCUCGAAGCCUGGUGAUGAUGGUAAAAAGGAGAAAAGGGACAAGGAGAAGAAGAAUAAGGACAAGGAAAAGAAGCGGAAAAGGAAUGGCCACGAUGACGACCCGGAGCGGCUUGAAAGGAAGCGGCUGAAGAAGGAAAAGAAGCGCAAGGAGAAGGAAUUGGCGAAGCUGCUGGCGGACAAACCCGUGCCCUCUGUAGCUGAAUUACCAGGUGGCGAGAGGGGAGUGGCCGGUGCUGGGCAAGAAGAAACAAAGCCAACCGUACCCGAGCCGGCUUCUCCAUCGAGAGAGAUGGGUAAAGUGGAUGUUGUGCCGAAUGAGCCAAGUGGGUCGGAUGUGGUUGACAAAAAUGGUGGCGGUGUAAAUAAGCAGACGAGUGGGCCCCUGAAUUCUGUUGUGAACAGAGUUGAUGGUGAGGUGAAUGCAAAUGCGAAUCCGAAUCCGAAUCCACCGAGUGCACCGUCCCAUAAGAUCAAAAUCAAGUUUAAGAAUCGAACGCUUGGUAAGCAUUGA